AUUUAUUUUUGUUUUGAAUAUUAAAAAAAGACUCAAACUGGACUUAACUGAUAGCAAUAAAUUAUAAUAAAAAUAAUAGAAGAAGAUAUAUAAAUAAAAAAUGUAAAAAUGAAGCCAAGCGAAUUGUAAGUGUCUUGGCAAAAGCAGCAGCAAUUUGGCAACAGCAACAGCUAAGCAAACAACAAUCACAUCAACAACAACAACAAUAAAAAUAGCAACAACAACAACUCAAAUGCUCCACUUGACAAUGCAAAAUCUGCUUAUCAUCAUUUUCAUCAUCAUCAGCUGGAGCAGUAGCAGCAGCAGCAGCAGCCGGAACAGCAACAGUUCGAGCUGCCACUAUGAGGCACAUCGUUGCGAAAUCGAUGUGCUUCAAGAGCCUCAGCCUGGCUAUCGUCAUGUGCCCUCGGAUGUGGAUAUAACGCUGCUAUGCCCGCAGCCGCAGGCGGCAUGGUACUACAAGGAGCAGCUCAUUCAACGCGGCAAAAGCUAUCUGCUGGAGCGCGCACAGGCAGUACAUUCGGGCAUCUAUUCCUGCCACUAUGAGCGCAACAAGUGGGCCAAUCUUACGCUGCAGAUUGGCAAUCAAAUGCCCAGCGAUGAUGUGGCCCGUUUCAAUGAACAUGGCGAGCUCUAUUUGCAGCAGUUGAAUGUUAGCCUGUUGCCCAGUUUGGGCCAGCAACUGGAGGCGUUUGUGCAACGCACAGCGGGCAGCAUGUUUCAGCUGAACUGCAGUCCGGCGGCGGGCGUGACAUGGAGCAACAUUAACUGGUAUCACAAUAAUACGCCACUGGCGAGUGUCGGCCGCAUCCGGCUGAAGAAGACAACGCUGAACGUGUGGCAGCUGCAGCCGCAAGAUGCGGGCAACUAUCGCUGCCAAAUGUGCAAUUCGCGCGGCUGCGUUGACAGCAACAACAGCCGCCUGGAGGUCAUGACGCGGCAUCACACGGCGCCUGUGCUAAGUGCCGGCUAUCCGCACAAUGUGAGCGUUGCGCUCGAGGAGCAUGCGAGCAUUGAGUGCAAGCUGGAGGAUUCACAGCUGGAGCCGCAAAUCGUUUGGCUGAAAAAGUAUCGAGCGGAUGGCGACAUAAACACGCUGAUGCAGCGCCUGCGGCAACAAGUCAAGCUGCAGGGUGAUGCAGAGGUGCAAACGCUGCUGACCAUCAAGGAUGCGCCGCAGGUGCUGCGACUGGGUAGCGUGGACCACAGCGAUGCCGGCUGGUAUAUCUGUGCGGCUGAGAAUCAGCUGGGACGCACGCUGGGCGCUGCCUAUUUGGAGGUGUCCGACAAGCCCAUCAACGUGUCCGCUGCAACAGAAACAACGACAGCAACAACAACGACCACGACGACGACAAUGAAAACGACGCCGACAUUGCCUUCGAUCACUAGCGAUGCGGAUGAUGAUGCAGCCGAUGAUGCAGCACUUGAUGCAACAGAUGUUGCCAAAGAGAAGCAGUUGCCAAAGUUUACAAAGUCCUUGAAUCGCCUGCAACAUUGUGUCUCCGGCGAAACCCUGGUCCUCUCCUGCCCCAACACAGCGCAUCCGCACGCAAACACCACUUGGACCUUCAAGAGAGGCGGGGAAUAUGAGCCACUGCAGCGCGAUAUUGGUGGCUACAAGUUCCGGCGGUGGUCCUUGGUUAUGACGAAUGUUAUUUCAAAGGAUUCAGCCAUGUACAAGUGCACGGUGUGCAACACCCUCGGCUGUAUUGAAUUCGAGUUCAGCGUUUCGGUCAUCGAUCGCAUCCGUGCACCGCCAUUUAUCCCGAAGAUAGAUAACAAAACGGAGCUGAUCAACACCCGGGUGGAGGUGAAAUGCGAUGUGAUAUCCGAUGCUGAAGCGACCGUCGAGUGGAUACGUGUGAUGCAGCACAAUCACUCACGGCCCUUAAAAUCGGACUCACUGGAUCGGGAUUUUGUGCGCAUACCGUUGAACACCACGGUGGAUCGGCGCGAUUGGCUGCUGUUGAAGAAUGUAACGCACCAGGACGAGGGCUGGUAUACGUGCGUGGCGUCCAAUUCGUUGGGCAGCGGCAAUGCCAGCUUCUAUCUGCACGUGGUCGACCAUCUGCCCUAUUUGUAUGUCGGCGAGCUUUACCGAUCACAUCCCAUGGGCUUCACUGUGGCUAUCGGUAUGAUACUGCUGUUAUUCCUGUUUGGCAGUGCAUUUAUUGUAUACAUGCUUCGUCGCCUGCGACGAGAGAAGCUACUGAAGCAUCGCAUCGAGACGGUGCAUCAGUGGACCAAGAAGGUUAUUAUUUACAAGCCGGCCAGCCUUGAGGGCGGUUCCUGUGCGGGUGAUCUACAAAUACCUGUAAUUAAGAUCGAGAAGCAGCGCACAACCUUCUCCAAUACAGAGACAGGCGGCUCGACAGAUCCGGCACAGGGCUUCAAUGAGUACGAGUUCCCCUUGGACUCGAACUGGGAGAUACCCAGGCAGCAGCUAUCUCUGGGCUCCAUUUUGGGUGAGGGAGCCUUUGGACGUGUCGUCAUGGCCGAGGCGGAUGGCCUGCCGCGCAGUCCGCCGUCCUCCAAUAACGGCAUGGGCACCAUUGUUGCCGUCAAGAUGGUUAAGGAGGAGCACACGGAUGCCGACAUGGCCAGCCUGGUGCGCGAAAUGGAGGUGAUGAAAAUGAUUGGCAAGCACAUCAACAUCAUCAAUCUGCUUGGAUGCUGCAGCCAGAACGGUCCCCUGUGGGUCAUUGUCGAGUAUGCACCCCAUGGCAAUCUAAAGGAUUUUCUCAAGCAAAAUCGACCUGGUCAGCUGCAGCGACGUAGCGACAGCGAUGGCUAUCUGGACGAUAAGCCAACGCAGCCCCAUCAGCAGCUGGGCGAGAAGGAGCUAACCAUGUUCGCCUUCCAAAUAGCACGCGGCAUGGAAUACCUUGCCUCGCGACGGUGCAUUCAUCGCGACUUGGCAGCGCGUAAUGUGCUCGUCAGCGAUGGCUAUGUGAUGAAGAUAGCGGACUUUGGCUUAGCCCGGGAUAUACAGGAUACGGAAUAUUAUCGCAAGAAUACAAAUGGACGACUGCCCAUCAAAUGGAUGGCACCAGAGUCGCUGCAGGAGAAGUUCUACGAUUCACAGAGCGAUGUCUGGAGCUAUGGCGUGCUCCUAUGGGAGAUAAUGACAUACGGUGAACAGCCCUAUCCAAAUAUUAUGUCCGCCGAGGAGCUAUACAGUUAUCUAAUAACUGGCCAGCGUAUGGAGAAGCCGCCAAAAUGCUCACUCAACAUUUAUGUGGUGAUGCGUCAGUGCUGGCACUUUGAGUCGUGUGCGAGGCCCACAUUUGCGGAGCUUGUGGAGAGUUUUGAUGGCAUAUUGCAGCAGGCUAGCAGCAAUCCGAACGAUGCGUACUUGGAUCUAUCGAUGCCAAUGCUGGAGACGCCGCCAUCCUCGAGCGAUGAGGAGGACGGCUCUGAAACUGAAACAUUCCGAGAGACUUUACCGCUUAGAUAUCAAUAUACAUAUAAGUUUAACUAAUGUUAGGCAUGGCUUUACCAUUUACAUCCAUCGAUCCAUCAAUCAGAAAUACUCAUCAAUAAAUUACGUCCGAUUCUAUUUAAGCAAAUUUAAUCAAUGUUUUUCCAUUAAC